UAUAGUUUCACAUUGAUUUUGAACUGAUUUGCAUCAUACAUACGUACAUACAUAUUUACAUAUGAAAUCAAAUUUUAGGAAAUAAACUUGCCCAAGAUGAAGUCCUCCUGUUCUCUCAUCUUAUUACUGACAGUGUCCUUAAAAUUAGCAUACUCUGAUAAAAUCUUAGUGUUAUCCUUCAUGUCGAGCAAAUCGCAUAAAAUAACCUACAUGCCCCUAAUACAAGAACUAGCAUCAAGAGGCCAUCAAAUAACGAUCGUCACUCCAAUCAAGUCCGAAAAAGAUUUUCCAAAUAUUAAGGAGAUUUUCACCCUGGAAAAUGCUACGCCAUGCACGAUGAAGCAACACAUGGACGGGAACAGUUUAAACGUCUUUGAAAUGAAGGAGGCCGGUCAGACCAUGAAUCCAUUCAUGAUGUUGGAGCAAUUUGGUGACAUUUGUCGCUCCACGUAUGACCUCCCACAAGUUAAAGGGCUCCUAAAGGAAAAGUUUGACUUGGUUUUUGUGCAACCAAUUUUCAACGAGUGUGCUUUAGGAUUAGUUUACCGACUUCAGGCUCCACUCGUCCUCUUCAGUCCGGUUAGUGUUCCGAGUAUACUCGUCAAUAAACUAGGAGGAUAUUUUCCUUCGUCCUUUGUGGGAAAUGUUUUUUUGGGUUACUCGGAUGAUAUGAACUUUCUCGAAAGAUUAGUUAACUUUGGGAUGGACGUGUUACUUGAAGGGAUGUUAAAGUUCUACUAUGAACCUUACAUAACGUCUGUGUACAGGGAGAAAAUGGGAGAAGAUGUGCCAAGUAUUCCGAUUAUUAUGAGAAACGCAUCCCUAUUAUUAAGUAAUGGACACUUUAGCAUAAGCAGACCAAAACCGCUGCUUCCAGAUGUGGUGGAAAUUGGGGGACUUCAUUCCAGCCCAGCUCAGGCUUUACCGAAGGACCUGGCAGAAUUCGUCUCAAGUAGUCAACAAGAAGGGUUUAUCCUCUUUAGUAUGGGAUCCGCUUACAAAGGAGACAUGAUGUCUGACAAGAAACGCAACUUAUUCCUCAACGUAUUUUCGAAAUUGAGACAAACCGUAAUUUGGAAAUGGGAAAGCGAAAAGAUGGAAAAUCUCCCGAAAAAUGUUUUACUAAAGAAAUGGUUGCCUCAACAAGGGCUCCUGGGCCAUGAAAGUAUAAAAAUUUUCAUCACUCAUUGUGGGGCUGGGAGCUUGGAAGAAGCAAUUUAUCAUGGGGUUCCUCUCAUCGCAAUUCCAUUAUUUGGUGACCAAGGUACGAAUGCGAAACAGGGGGAGGACCAAGGAAUUUUGUACCGACUUGACUGGAAUACUAUGACGGAGGAAGAUUUGAUGAGGGCAAUUCAACAGAUUUUAAGCAAUAGCAAAUACCGGGAGAAUGUGGCAAAAUUAUCGAAAAUAUUCAAGGACCAACCAGACGAUCCACUUAAGCGAGGUGUUUGGUGGAUAGAAUAUGUUCUUCGCCACAAAGGUGCACCACAAUUGAGAAGCGCAUCAAGAAAUCUGAACUUUAUCCAGUACCAUUCCCUUGAUGCUAUAUUCUUAUAUUGUGGAAUAAUAUUCACCGUAUUUUAUUUAUUACUUGUCGUCGUGAGGAAGUUGGGAAGAAAAUGUGUCCGUAGGAAUACGGCUGGUAAGAAAGAUUUUGAAAAAUCGAAGAAAAAUCUAUAAAAUGCGGCAAAGUUUCAUGUUAUUUGGAAGACAAUAUUAAUUAUAAAUAUUUCAUGAUUCAAUUCGGUAUUCAAAAGCUGUAAAUUCGCUUGAUUAAAGACUGAUGGAUAAUUAAAUAAAUACAUUAAUUAGUCGUA